GCAUUUUUUUUAUCCCUUUCAAACACAGAACAUUAUGUCCCUAUCCUCAUCUCCAGCACCGACAUCUACAAUGACCUUCGAACCCACUAUCAACCAUAUCCUUUCACUCCCUAAUCUUUUACAACCAAUCUCUCCUCCUCAUGCCGCCCUCCACCUCGCUCGUCUUCGUCUUUUGUACUCCAUCCCUGCUGACGGGCAAUCGGUUUCCGAGACAUCAUCAUCAUCGUCAUCAUCAAGCGGUACUAGGAGCAAGUUAACUUUAGGAGGAUGGUGCAAUCACUGUGGUGGGCUGAGAAAAGGGAUGGGAGGGGCUCAAAGGGGCGGACGAGGACAAAACAAGGAUAAAGAAAAGGAGGAGAAAACAAAAGCCAUCAGAGAAAGAGCUCGCAAACGUGUCAGAGAAUUAUCCAACCUGACAGAAAACGAAAAAGAGGAGAAGAAGAUGGCAAGAAAGCUAGAGAUUGCGGGAGCGGUGCAAAAAAGACGGCAGCCUGCCGAGUGCACGACUUGCGGGGCUGUAUAUACCAGACCAAAGCCAGACAAGAAAACCCUGGCAGCAUUUCCCUCAUCUAGAAAGACAAGGAAACAAGUCGCCGAAGCAAAAGCGGAAGAAGAAGCCAAGUCCUUAGCUCUCAAAGCAGAGGUCGAAGCCGCGGGCAAGAUUGAGCGUGAAGCUCAACCGCCCCAGACGCUCCUAUCUCACCCUGCUUUCUCACACAUACCUUCUUCACCACCCAAUCUCCCGACUCAUCCACCGCCAUUACCAAUGAAGAAUUAUGCUGGGUCGACCUCUGCAACCACCGAUGUGGCGAAGAAGAAAACAAAGACUAAGAAAUCGGGGUUGUCUAAGCUGUUAGCAGAGAAUAAGGAAAGGAAUGAGUCUGCGAAAGGAGCGGGGAUGUGGGGUCUGGGAUGAUUUGAAAGGAUGUUGGGAAGCCAUGUCAUUUCUCAAGUUGUAGUUUUUAGCUUAGUUGUACAGUAUAUAUUACUCAUGUAGACAUUCGAUACAUUCGAUUUUCGAAGCGUAUUCGCAACAAUUUGUGUUUUACUUCUUA